CUCAAUACCUCAAUUGUCGAUGACAGAAAUUGACGGCUCAAUGUGCAUUUGUUCUGAGGGGCUUACAUAAUUUCAGUCUUGCUUUAGCGUUCAGUCUUAUUUUAUUUUGCUCCCCUGACGUUUGCAACGAUUUCUCCCGCAUUUCACGGACCAGAACAAAAACAUAAAAUCUUUAAGAUUAUAAAACUGUACAGGACGUUAAUUUUACCUUGAGUAGUUUACAUUCCAGUAAGUAGUCGGACUGUCGAAAAUAAUAUGGACGUGAGGUGAGCUCUGUGGGUGGAUGCAUAAACUGAGCUCAGACAUGGUGAAUCUUAUGAAACGCCUUGGAUUUCUGCUUCAGAUUUUUUUUGCGUCACUUUGCUCAACCGUGCCACUGAAACUUAGAAAUCUGGAGACUGAAUUUAUGAAUUUUAAAAUCAAUUUCAAUAAAUCUUACUCAACAGUAGAUGAAGAGAAACUUCGUAUGGAAAUUUUCAAGCAAAACUUAAUGAAAAUUGAAGAGCACAAUGAGCGGUACAGGCGGAACGAAACCACUUUUGAAAUGGCAAUGAAUCACUUUGGUGACUAUAUGCACCACGAAUAUCACAAACAUGUGCACGGGUAUUUAGGACGGGAUCUGUUUCGGAAUGCGGUUGGCGGGCAACCGGCAGUGAUGGCGAUUUUGAAUGCGUCAGUAAUGACGUCAGAGCCAGAUGCACCGGUGUUUCUGCCGCCGGCCAACGUUAAAAUCCCGGAUGAGGUGGACUGGCGCGUCCUGGGGGCCGUUACCCCCGUCAAACACCAGGGUCGUUGUGGAGCCUGCUGGGCUUUCAGCGCGACAGGAGCUUUAGAGGGUCAAAUUUUUCGUAAGACCGGCGUGCUGACAAAUAUUAGCGAACAGAAUUUAAUAGACUGUUCAGGAAAUUAUGGAAAUGUCGGGUGCAGAGGUGGUUUGAUGACACAAGCUUUCAAAUACGUGAAGGACAAUGGAGGUGUUGAAUCAGAGGCGGCUUAUCCUUAUGAAGGAGGGGAAAAGAGAUGCCGGUAUGUAAGAAAUGGCUCAGUUGCCACUGAUAGUGGAUACAUGAAUAUUAAAAAUGAAGAUGAAGAACAUGUGAAGGCCGCUGUGGCUACAGUUGGACCAAUUUGCUCUGCCAUCGACGCAAAAUAUGACACAUUCCAUUUUUAUUCAAGAGGUGUUUAUCACGAACCGAGGUGUACCAAUAACAUAGAUCUUCUUAAUCACGGGGUGCUGAUCGUUGGAUACGGGACAGACCCGAAAAAAGGCGAUUACUGGAUCAUCAAAAAUUCCUGGGGUCCGAGAUGGGGCGACAAAGGGUACAUGCGAAUUGCUAGAAAUCGAGAUAACCAUUGCGGAACUGCCACCGCUUGCAGCUUUCCAUUGGUGUGACCCUACCCGCUUUAAUCAACCCUUUUUGAAGACAUUGUUUUGUUGGAUAGCUAAUUUGAUGUUGUCUUGAGUAACCAGAUUGGACCCGUGCGAAACCACGUAUCUCCACUGCUAUGUUUCAAAAUCUCCGCUCCUAUUUUAUUUUUCCGAAGAGAAACAAGCCAAUUUUACAGCUGGAAAUGUACACAGAACAUUUACACAAUAUUCAUGAUAGGGAAGAAAUAUCAAGGAAGUUUUCAAAAAUUUACGUCGACUGUAGUUUUCCACAGAAAAGACCAGAAGCGUACCCAGCAAUUUGGCAACACCGGAUUUUCUCCAUCUAAACCUAUUCUGAAUAAUCGAUUCUUGCCGGAGCACCUGACCCCUCCAAGAAUCGAUACAUUUCCAUAUGUUUAAAUAAAGGAAAGAUAAUGUUGCCAAUUUGCCGGAUCCGCCAAUUAAAAAAAUAAAGCAUGGCAAGAAGUCCACAACGUUGCAAUCGGAGGUACGAGGUUUCGCAAUUUGGGCAUCGAUUAUUUUCAGACAUUUUGCGACACUGAAAUUUGGUUACGUUCUUUCGACUGGAGGACGACGAAGUGCUCGAAAGGACCAGGAAAUACGAACUACGAAACGUAGAUGGAUGAUGGUCGAAAACAGAAGUGACACUAUAGACCAAAGAAAAAGAAGAAGAAAAAGGAACCACUAUCCAGACCUCGGCAGUUCUUAAUGUCACGGGGAAAAUCGAUGGAAUCCCCUGGUUGUUCCUCUGAAGCAUCGUUUUGCAGGUGGUUGUGGCGCCACCUGCGCUUUUAAUGGAUACUUUCCGAGGAACAUUAUCUGUUUUUCUGUCGCAGGACAUUCUAAGCCCCACUUCACCUACGUUAUUAAUGGUUCUUCCUCAACAGUUUUGCAUCGGGCCCGAUACUUUCCCGCCCUCUUAUAAUCGCAGCUUAUUCUAUUCCUAAAAUUUUCCCGAUAAAUGUGAACAUUAUUUGAGGCUUUUUACCAUGCUGCCAUACGCCUUUUAAACAUUUGAACUUUGCUAAAUUGUGUGUGUGGCUGAGGUACACCUUUUUGAAAAACUUUUAAAUUGCUUCCUUUGGAUCUUUACACGGAGUAUCAGGUUUGUUCCGAAUUGGUUGGAAUUUUCCACGAAAAUGGUUUUUAAUUUUUCUCGAAAAUCAUAUUUUAACUUGGAAAAUGUGGCAAGUUUGUUAUUAUGAUCAAACGUUCUGGCUCAUGCAGAACAGUGUAGGCUUAUGCUUACGCUUAGAAACUCUUUAAUAACAUGAUUUUUAAGAAGAAAAAUACAACACAUCCUUUCAAGUUUUGGAAAGGAAUGGAGUAAAAAGUAAAGAUUGCUAUGACACUCCCAUUGCCGAGCGAGAGGAAUAAAACGCCUUCAUUUCUGAGAGAUGCAACACAUCUAAGUUCCAUGCGUUGAGCUCAUGAAGGGGCUCUCUCAGAAUCCUCAAUGGAGUCUCAGAACGAUUCUUUGGUUGAUUUUUUUUUGGAAGGAGGAAUAUUUUGAUUUUUUUCUCUUCUCGUUUUCUUCAUGAGGCAUCUCUUUCAAUUCUCUGCGUUGCUUCUGUAGUGUCAGUAAAGUCAUGUCGAAGAAAGUCUCAAUGAUACGAAAAUUACAAAAAAUACGUAUUUCCGAAGUUAUGUUUCUAAAUUUUGGCUCCCAAUCCAUAUUAUUAGAAACUGACACCCAGAAAAGUUUUCAGAGAAUAUUAUAAAAACAACACAUCCCCUUUCCCAAGAAGAACUACGAAAUUUUGUGCAAAGACGUAUCUCAGCCAUAUUCUAACAAUAUGUUGUGAAUUUAGAUAUUUUCAUCUUCUCAAAUAAAGAGAAGUGAUUUUGUAGUGUUACUGUUACGUAAGGAGAGAGAGAUUGUAUUGUUGUAGCGUUAUAGUAUAGUUCUCUUUCCGAAUUAUUUGACAAUGCGCUUGCAUUGUUGUCAUUGCAUAUAUCCACUUUAAUGAUUUUAAUUGUUAGUUGCGUAGUUAAUGUAUAGAUUUUAUUAGUUACCGAUGUUAGAAUUAUAAAGAUAUUAGAAAAAUAUUCAGUGUAGUGUAAAAUGGCAAUUCACUUUCGGCAGUCUUGUUUUUUAUCCAAAAUUUAAUAAUCAAGAACAUACUAUGUCAAUGGUGUCUCUGUGCCAUUUUAUUUUGUUUACUUUUGAUGUUUGAUGUUACUUAUUGAUAAGUGUAAAAAUUAAAGAGAAUCUAGUUAGUUAUUCUUACGUUA